UUAACUGUCGGACCGGAAGCGGAUGUCAGAAAAUGGGUUUGAAAGCGCACCACUUGUCAAUAUAUUUGGCAAACUAACGCAAACUCUGAAAGCUCGAAUGCCUGGACAAAGACCGUUGUUUUUACACCAGAAAACCCAAGGAUUCUAGACAUCUGCUAGUAUUUGCGCCAUGAAUCCAUCCAAUCCUUUUGGCAGUCCCCAAAGUGGAGCUUUCCAAGCCCCGAGCAACGCCACGAAGACGGCCUUGUUCCAGUCGUUUGGGUCGCAAAGUUCCAGCAACCAGCCCCAAUCUGCGGGCUUCUUCCAACCAUCAGCGUUCGGGCAGCCCUCCGCCUUGAGCCAGGCCUCGCCUCAUGGGAGCAGCCUCUUCGGACAGCCGCCCUCGCUGCCCGCAGGAGGCCACGCUCCAGCAUUCGGACAGCAGCCUUUAGGAAUGAGUGGCUCGGGCUUUGGUGGUAGCUCUGCUCCACCAUUUGGACACACAGGUGAACCUGGCCAGAGUUCCGUGUUUGGCCAGACGCCUUCAUUCGGUCAGCCGUCUGCGUUUGGGCAGACUGCGGGUUUCAGCCAGCAGCCCCCCCCCGGGUUUGCAGCUUCCCAGAUGGUUUCUAGCUCGUUGACUGCUUCAGGUCAACCUCAGCCAAUGGGUUUUGGACAGUCCGUUUUUGGACAGCCAUCAUCCACCAGUGUCCCCGCCGGCGUGUUUGGGAGUGCUCCGAGUGUGACCCAGAGCCUAGGCUUUGUUUCCUCCACUUACAGUUUCAAGCCAGCAAACGAGGCCCUGUUCAAACCCAUCUUCAAUGCAAGCCCUAAGCCCGCCAACCCCCAAACUACUGCAAUGUCCAGCUCACCUUUUGGCAGCAGUGGGUCCCAGACCAGCUCCAGCAUCAUGAGUAGCAGCACCAACGCCGCCGCCACUGGCUUCUCGCUGUCUACCGGGGACACGUCUGGGCUGCUGGGCUUCAGCUUCUCUCAGCCCGCCGCCGCCCCCUCAAUGUCCGCCCCGACCAACACACUCACAACGGGCAAUGGCGGCGCUCCUUUGAACACGCUGAAGUUCACCUUCUCCCAGCCGGCGGCUCCCUCCAGCUCAACCACUAAGGGAUCUACGGCCGAGCCCACCACCCCGUCGUCCUUCAGCUUUUCAGCCAAAGAUCUCCAGCCUCAGACGAAAAGCCUUUUUGGCGCUGGUCCGCCCCCAGCCUACGGCGACGCCAGAGCGGAGACGGGUACAGAGGGGAAACGGAGCAAGCCUGAAGGCCCGGGAGAGACCAGUGUGUUUGCACGACUCGGAAAAGCCACCAAGCGAAAGGAAGAUCUGACGCCCCCCAGCGCUGUCCCCGAGAAUUCUGCCACAGGAGCUGAGGAGGAAGAGGAGGGGGAGGAGAAUGUUCCAGCUGAAGAAGAUUCACCAAGGCAUCCUUCAAAGAGGCCCCUAAUGAGGUCCCGUGUGCCACCAUUGGGUUUAUUUGGGAGGGCAUUAAGCGGUCUCCGCAGAGAGGUCACAAAGGAGUCUGACCCACCACCAACCAAGAGGGAGGAAACGGAGAAGGAAGAUGUUCCAUCUCAGGGGGACGACGUACCUGCUGCACCUCCAACGGUGCAACCACUGACCAGGGAGGCGCUCGAGAGAGCAGGAGAGUCAGCAAAUGCAACCCCAACGAGACGCAGGCAGAGCUCGGAGAGCCUGAGUGGCAUGUCGGUCACCGACUGCACCAUCAUCCAGUGCAGGAAUGUGCCCCCCAACCUCAACAGGAAGGACGUCAUGGAGAAGCACUUUGGCCGUUACGGCAAAGUCCGCAGGGUCCUGUGCCAGCCUGCCAAGAACCUGGUCAAAGUGCACUUUGAAGACCACGCAUCAGCGGCGAGGGCAAAGAAGAGAGGAAAACAACUGCACAGACAUGAGAUCGCUAUCCUUUGGCAGAGGAAGAAGCAAAGUCCCGAGGACAAAGGGAGCAGACGUGCAUCAGGAGAGGAGGAGGCAGAGGACACAGAGUCCAAGUCCGCCUCCUCCUCCCCACUCAGAAAACCUGCAGUCAGAGGUCCUCCAAUGAGCAGUUUGAUGAACUUCAAUCGCAGUUCUCCGGUAAAGAAGUCUCCGUUGGCCAAGUCUCUGCAGUUUGACACUGAGCCCCAGAGGGAGAGCCUCGGAUCGGAGCGCCCGGUCCCCUCCUCGCUGCUGCACCUCGUGGGUCAGGUGGCAGAGACCGCCGAGGACAAGUUCCGCCUCCUGGAGCAGAGAGACAAGGUCCUGCGUCAAGGUCGGCCCAAGAGGACGGACCUGGACCUGUCUAAAGUGUUUGUGGGGACCUGCCCUGACAUGUGUCCAGAGAAGGAGAGGUUCAUGAGGGAAACCAGGAAACAGCUGAGCGUUUUCGAGGUCGUCCCAGAUACUGAGAUGGUGGACCACUCGGCUGCCAUCAAGGAGUACAGCCGCUCCUCAGCGGACCAGGAAGAGCCCCUGCCCCAUGAGCUGCGGCCCCUGCCCGUGCUCAGCAUGACCAUGGACUACCUGGUGACCCAGAUCAUGGACCAGGGCCAUGACAACUACCGGGACUGGUACGACUUUGUCUGGAACAGAACCCGCGCCAUUCGCAAGGACAUUACCCAGCAGCACCUGUGCUGCCCUCACACGGUGUCUCUGAUCGAGAAGUGCACGCGCUUCCACGUGCACUGCGCUCACCACCUCUGCGAGGAGCACAUGUCGGCUUUCGACGCCAAGAUCAACAACGAGAACAUGACAAAGUGCCUCCAGAGCCUGAAAGAAAUGUACCAGGACCUGGCCAUGCGUCAGGUCUACUGCCCCAUGGAGGCGGAGUUUCGCCAGUACAACGUGCUGCUGAAACUCAACGACGGUGACAUCCUUCGGGAUGUUCAGCAAUUCCGCGACGAGGUGCGUAAUUCCCCGGAGGUAAAGUUGGCUGUGCAGGCGUUCACUGCAGUCAACAGCAACAACUUUGUGCGCUUUUUCAAGCUGGUGAAAGGAGCCUCUUACCUCGCCAGCUGCCUCCUGCACAGAUACUUCAAUCAGGUUAGAGCCAAAGCCUUGAGCACCUUGAACAUCGCUCACACUACGGGUCCAAGGUCGACUGCGUUUCCAAUCGAGGACAUAGUUCGGAUGUUGAUGUUCCGAAACACUGGAGAGGCUUCUGACUUCAUCCAGCAGUACGGCCUCAACGUCAACGAAGGUGUGGUUGAGCUGAGUCGAGUAGCCUUUCAGGAGCCAGAUCUUCCUUUGUCCCAGAAGAAGUCCGAAGUCAUCCUCACGAAGAAAGCCGUGCUGGUUGGAGAGGUGGUGAAUGGGGGCCCCGUCUCUAACCCUCCCCAGCACACUCCAGUCUGCAGUUUUGACUCCCAGAACCGGUAUCGCGGGGAAGGCCCUCUGGAUGAGCCCACUCCAAGCCAAUUUAAAGGUAUUUCUGUGGAGGUGAAGGUACCACCAAGCGUUGGGUUGAUGACUCGGGUCAUUCCAGACACACCCGCUGCAUUUGGGUUGCCCCCCGCGGAUGAGACCGGGGAGCCCAGCGGGCCGUUCGGCGGCCGCCAGGCAGACGUCCAGCAGCUGUUCCAGCCGAUGCCCCAACCCGCCAAAGCGCCGUCACCUCCCCCCAAACCCCGACCGGUGUACAGCAAUGAGGACAUUGCAGCUGAGCUGGACUGUGUGAUCGAGGAGGUGGUUGGAGCAGCAGUGAGGGAGGUGGCAGAUGCAGGGGCCAGCUACGCCGCAGCAGCUCUUGCGCAGAGCGGUGUGCAGGUGGAGUCGAUGGUGAGUGAGGUGUUGGGACAGAUGCUGCAGGAGAUUUCCUCUGCCGAGAUCAAGCUGGAGCGACAGCGCGUCGCUGACGAGAAGCGCACGCUCGAAGAAGCCAGGAUGAGGAGGCAGGAGCAAGAGGCCUUCCUCGAUCAGUUCAGCUUCUCUCUGUGCAAAGAGCUCAUCUACCAAGUGUUGGAUGAGACCAUCGAGGAGACCGCCACCUCUGAGAUUCAACAGGCAGUGAGAGAGAAAGCGGGCCGAGUCGCUAAAUGCACCGAGCAGGUCUGUACUAGUCUAGUCGAGGAGACGUUGAAUGCAGACAUUGCGCUGUUGGUUGAAGACCUCCUUGAAGCUGAGCUGCAACGCAUUCAGAAGUACAUCAAAAGGUGGCGCGAUGUGGUAGCGGUGCGCCGGCGGCUGAAGAGACAGAUGAGAGGUUUCCCUGCCGCCCCCUGCUGCGUGGACCCUCGAUUCAAAGUGAGGGCUCUGGCUCCCAGCGCCCCCGAGCGGACCUCCAUGGCAGAUCUGACCCGUGGCUUGGUCAACCUGGGAAACUCCGGCACCUUGUCCCUCUCCAGCACCAGACUGUUGAGAAUGAGGGAAGAAGCGAUCCACCAGAUGAGAGUGCACUGCUACUAUCAACAGCUGCUCGAUGAGAGAGUGUGGGAGCCUCUCGACCUGCCGGCUCUGGUAACAGAGAAUAUCCCCAACCCCCAUGACCGAAUAUUCUGGAAAGCUGUUCUCCUCCUUCCCAGCGACCACCACAGUGUAGCCAGCUUGGCCGACAGGAUCCUGUCAGACUGGCUGGAGGUGAAGCUUGGUGGCGGCAAAGGGUCGGAGGUGAGGGAGGAGCUGGAUGGCAAACUGCAGACCCUCUGUGUCACCAACACACUCCGGGAUGAAGGACAACGCACUCACAAAGUCCACAUCAGCAUCAAGGCAUCCAGAGGCCCUCUCACCGAGGACGGCCUGUCCAAAACGGAGGAGUGCUGUGAUCUCCAGGGGACGGCAGCUCUGAUGGUGCUGCUUCCCGCCCUGCCCAUCAUGGACGCGGGUGACGACGAUCAGGACGUCCCUCUGCUGUCGGCUCUGCUGCAGCUCAAGCAGCUGCAGCAGGCCAGCGCGUGGCACUGCCCGCUGCCGCUGGCCCUUCUGGUGCCGGGGCCCGAGUGCGCCAUCGAUGCACAGAAACUCCAAGAAGCCCUGAUGCUGCACACAUUGGUCCAGGAGGGCAUGAUAUCAGAGUACACCUUCUACUUCAUACCAGAGACCACAAGUGACCUACAGGGAUCCAAGCAGCUCAGCCAGGCCACACGGUGGCUGCUGGCUCGUGCUCCGCCUCCCUUCCCGCUCUCCUGUCAGACCCUGGUGCAGCUCGUAGAGGCAGGUUUGAGUCGUGAAUUCAGCCCCAGAGUCCACGCUCACCGCCAGGAGCGGGUCGCCGCACGCCUUCCCUCCCAGAGCCCCGUGCCCGUCAUCCACUUGUACAACGCCGUCUUGGCUCACAUCGCUGACAAAGUGACGUCCCGGGAUCUCUCCAGACUCUCCUGGCCACCAGGAGAGUUUUGCUUGCAUGAUACCCAGGAGUUUAUACCUCAUCUGGGUUGGAACUCUCCCCAGCACCAGAAAUGGUUGCGUGAAGUUCUCCUCAGCCUGCAGCUGCCACAGUGGGAGCAACCGUGUACUACAGACUCGUGGUCUGCUCUCUGCUCCUCCAUCUUCCGCUACGCCGCUCAGAUCCCAGUCUCUCAGCGCAGUCAGCCGCUCCUAAUGUCGCAGCUGGAAAACAUGCUGGAAAGGGUCAGACUUCAGAGCCUUCAGAGCAGGACCCGCACAUCCAGCAACUGGGAGGACAAGGGCGCGUGUCCCGCCUUCACUCAGGUUCCUUGGGACGACGUGGUGGUGAUUUGCAUAGACCACAAGCUGAAAGACUGGAAGGUCCCCGGACCACCCGUCUGUGAAGAUGCCGUGACGGAUGACGGGGAGAUCCUGGUUUACCUCCCCGCAGAAUCUUUGAAGGGUUUCCAGCCCCCGGAGGAAUGGACCCAGUCCAUCAGACGAACACACCGACAGAAGCAGCAAGAGACGGAAGGGGCGGAAGCAGCAGCGUGGGCCAGGCCCAGCAGUCUGUCCCUCAGACAGAGGUUGUUCAGCAGUGUGGUCGAGCCUCUGGAGGGCCCGGCGGGCCCACUGGACAUCACGCACACUCCCACAGCACCAGAGCUGGUGGCACACAAAGUCCUCAGCAGUUUGGAAAAGGAGAAGGCUGAAAGCAAAAGGAGCACGGAGCAGCUUCAGCGCUGGUUAGAUGGGGGCUCCUUGGACUACCUGUCCACGCCUCUUUUUAUUCCAUCCUCAACUCUGUUGUCGAUGCCCACAGCUAUAAGGCGUGCACCGUCAGCCGCUAUCACACAGGAACCGGAGCCGGAUCAUCUGUGGGACAAAGCAGAUCGCUGUAAAACAAGGCCUCUAUCGAUGGAAUGGCAACUAAAGGAACUCGAGCGACAGAUUUUGGCGAGCCAUGAGGAAGAAUUGGCCUGCAGACUGAAGCUGAGUGGUCUGCUGAACAUUGUUGAUGAUUGAUGAACUGGAAAAGAAAAGGAAAUGAGUACUAAAGACUGCCUCUGGCUGGGAUGAGAGACUGCCAUGGUAUCUGCUGGGCUCAGGGCAUACAGAGUUUGCUAUUUUUCUAUACAUUGUCUUACUAUAUUGAUUUUUGCAUAAACCUGAUUUUUCUUAAAAUGUGUGAACAUAUCUGGGAAGACUAAUCUUCUUGUCUGUGUUACUUGUGAAUAAAUGUCAUUUAAUAUCUUGUGUAUUGUUUGAACCAUUUUUAGUAAUGUUUAAUAAUAAUUGUCUGACUUCCUAAUAAAAGUGUAGUUUUACA